CCUUCCCUGCAGCCUCUGAGAAAGGGCAGUAUUAAAGGGCCCUUGGUCCUUGUGGUCCGUCUGACCAAGAUGCUGCGGCUGCUGAUCCCCGUUCUGCUUGUGGCUGGUGCCCAUGGGUGUGGGAGACCCACCUACUCCCCCAACACAAGGGUGGUGAACGGAGAGGAUGCCGUGCCGUACAGCUGGCCCUGGCAGAUCUCCCUGCAGUACGAGAAGGACGGUGCUUUCUACCACACUUGCGGGGGGACCCUCAUCGCUCCCACAUGGGUCAUGACGGCUGCGCACUGCAUCUCUAAAUCCCGCACCUACGAGGUGGUGCUGGGGGAGUACGACAGGAGCGUAGCAGAGGGCUCUGAGCAGCGCAUCCCGGUGAAUCCUGAGGACAUCUUUGUCCAUCCUCGCUGGAACUCCAUCUGCGUGGCCUGCGGCAAUGACAUCGCCCUGCUCAAGCUGUCCCGGAGGGCCGAGCUGAGUGACACAGUGCAGCUGGGCUGCCUCCCGCCCGCAGGCGAGGUCCUGCCCAACGACUAUCCCUGCUACAUCACUGGCUGGGGGCGCCUCUACACUGGCGGGUCCCUCCCUGAGAAGCUGCAGCAGGCUCUGCUCCCGGUGGUGGACUAUGCACACUGCACCCAGCCUGACUGGUGGGGCAGCAUCGCUAUCAGAGACAGCAUGGUCUGCGCUGGCGGGGACAUCCGAUCAGGCUGCAACGGUGACUCUGGUGGCCCCCUUAACUGCAAGGCCUCUGAUGGGAGAUGGCAGGUGCAUGGCAUCGCCAGCUUUGUCUCUUCCCUUGGCUGCAACGCCUUAAAGAAACCCACCGUCUUCACCCGCGUCUCCGCCUUCGAUGACUGGAUUGCAGAGACCAUCGCUAAUAACGCAUGAUAAGCUGAAAGAGCCACAUCUCAGAGAAACUUUCCUGGGCAGAUAAUAAAACAAUUGUAGAAA